CUGAUUUCGCCUUGAUAAUUAAUGAAGAUAAUUAAUGGUUCUUAAGACCACAAUUGUUCAUAUAAAUAAUAAAACUUGUAAAUAAUACCACACAAAAAUACGUAAACAAAGUCAAUGCUUUUUUUUGCAGGACAAUGUAAAUUGCAUUUCUUUACAUCACGCUUCGGUAGUUAUUUUGUAGUUAUUGGCACGCUAACUUUUUGUUCGAUUAGGCGGGUAGAAUGAGUCGAGGUCCGCUUACACACGCGUUAACUACACGCCACUUAACUAGAUUUGUAAUUUUAAAUGCUUUCGAAUAAUUGUGUUUUAUUUGCAUCCUGGAAUACACCCCAUUGAAGUUUUUUUGUGUAAUUUAAAAUGUUUAAGAACAAGUUACACAACGCAUGGAAGCCGUUUACUGUGGGAUUUUGUACUUGUGCAUUUCUUUUUUAUGUCGUUGUGGUGGUGUUGCGGACUAAAACGGAAAACGUGUACAGCUUAACAAACCCAAGAAGGAAUUGGGACCCAGUCGACUUGAAGGCAGAUGGACAAGCAUCUUCCGAUCAGAGAGUAAAUUCCACACCCACUGUCAGCGAUCGUAUUCGGCAGGUACUGAUACAUGGGAACGGCAGUUAUAAUUUGCACCCAGAUCUACGGAACAAGGAUUCUUUCUCGCAGUAUGGGCAAGAUAAGUACCUUAGCAAUCACUUUGGGUCGAAGAGAAAUGGGUUUUUUGUUGAAAUCGGAGCGUAUGACGGACAGUCUCUAUCAAACACAUUACUUUUUGAAAUGAAGAACAACUGGACGGGACUUUUGAUUGAAGCCAAUCCCCACAUGUUUUCUUACAUAGCUUCUGUAAACAGAAACUGUUAUGCUAUCAACUGUUGUCUUGGAUACACGAAUACGUCAUUGACAUUUACUAUCGCCGGUAUGAUUUCCAGUGCAGAUGCAGUCAUAACUGCACAACACAGGUAUAGAAUAAACAGCGAACGUGCCAAUUUUAAAAAUGACAAAACGUACAACACAGCCGUUACCGUUCAAUGUUACAGCCUCUUGGACAUUCUGGACGUGAUUGGGACGAGAAAGGUGGAUUACUUCUCACUGGAUGUUGAAGGCGCGGAAUUGUACAUCCUGGAGUCCAUUGAUUGGAACCAAAUUGACAUUGAUGUCUUCACCAUAGAAACGGAUCAACAUAGAGACAAAAUAAUGACGUUCAUGAAAGAUCACGGAUAUAGGUGGCUAACACACUUAAUUGGAGAUGAUAUUUUUAUUAAAGAACGAUUCUAAGAUGCUUCAUGACCGAUACUUUGGCAAAGCAUAUAAAAUACUAGUAAAUAACCGCUAUGAAAUUGUAUUAUCUUCUUAACUCAAGUGACCGUACUUAAAUUGAGAUUAUACGAUUUUUAAA